AUGGAUGUAGAGUCCAGAAGACUAAUUGACUGGAUGAAGAAAGGUGUGUAUGAUGCUCUACAGAAGAAAUAUCUCAGGACACUAAUGUUCUCUGUGUGCCAGACAAUUAAAGGGCCAGUGAUUGAAGAAUAUUCCUACACAACUAAGUCACUUAUAUUUCCUCUUCCACUCCUCGCUGCUGCUCAUCAACAAUUCCUAGCAGUGGGUUGUUCCGAAAGGUUUGGGCAUCUUGGGUUAGCUGUGACUUUGAUAACCUUUGAAGACAGAUUUAAACUGUAUCAGAUUGAGCAGGAACUUGGAACCGAAAUCAAACCUACUGCCUUCAUCAUAUACAUACUAUCAUCUUCAUCUUGGCUUUGA